GGGGCGGGCAGGCAGGCAGGGCCGCCCCCGGCCCCACGUGGCUCGGGGAACACGCCGGUUUAUAAAGCAUUCCCGGCCCGCGCGGGUGCGGAGGGCGGCGGCAGCGGCCGGGAGCGGGGCUCGAACCCGCGCUGCUCGGAUGCGCCCGGCGGCUCCUGCUGGGCCACGGCCGCCCGCGGGCCAUGGAGCUGCCCAUGGAUGUGACCGUGGAUGUGCCCGUGGAGCUGCCCUCGGUGCUGCCCACGGCCACUGCCACCCCCUGGGGCAACGACACCGCCUGGGCCACCCUGCCCGGACACGGGGUCAACGACACGGGCACGCAGCGGGCCAAGAACGCUACAUCCAUCCUCAUCGCCAUCGUCAUCACUGCGCUCUACUCCGUGGUGUGCGUGGUGGGGCUGCUGGGCAACGUGCUGGUCAUGUACGGCAUCGUCAGGUACACCAAGAUGAAGACAGCCACUAACAUCUACAUCUUCAACCUGGCGCUGGCUGAUGCCCUGGCCACCAGCACCCUGCCCUUCCAGAGCGCCAAGUACCUCAUGGAGACCUGGCCCUUCGGGGAGCUGCUCUGCAAGGCUGUGCUCUCCAUCGACUACUACAACAUGUUCACCAGCAUCUUCACCCUCACCAUGAUGAGCGUGGACCGCUACAUCGCCGUGUGCCAUCCGGUCAAGGCCCUGGACUUCCGCACGCCGGCCAAAGCCAAGAUCAUCAAUGUCUGCAUCUGGGUGCUCUCCUCCCUCAUCGGGGUGCCCAUCAUGGUCAUGGCAGUCACCAAGUCAAAAGAUGGUAUGGUCCUGUGCACUCUCCAGUUUCCUGAUCCUCCCAUCUACUGGGACACCGUGACCAAGAUAUGUGUCUUCAUCUUUGCCUUCCUGGUGCCCAUUUUGGUCAUCACCAUCUGCUACGGGCUGAUGAUCCUUCGCUUGAAGAGCGUCCGGCUCCUCUCGGGCUCCAAGGAGAAGGAUCGUAACUUGCGGCGCAUCACGCGCAUGGUGCUGGUGGUGGUGGCAGCCUUCAUCAUCUGCUGGACGCCCAUCCACAUCUUCGUCAUCGUCUGGACGCUGGUGGACAUAGACAAGAAGAACCCCUACGUGGUGGCCAGCCUGCACUUCUGCAUCGCUCUGGGCUACACCAACAGCAGUCUCAACCCCGUCCUUUACGCUUUCCUGGAUGAAAACUUCAAGAGGUGCUUCCGAGAGUUCUGCCUGCCUUUCCGAGCCCGUGUGGACCAGAACAGCUUCUCCCGCGCCAGGAGCACCACGCGGGAGCACGUCUCCACCUGCACCCCCUCUGAAGCCCGCCACAAGCCGGCAUGACUAGACGUGGGCAGCCCCCAGCGGGGCUGCCGAGGACACGGAGGGGACGAGCUGCGCUCAGAAGUCACCCAGGUCACCACCACAGAGCUGUAGCAGAACGGGGGCCUGGGCGCUGCGCAGUCGCGCUGCUGGGUUUGCAUACAGACUGCAAAAACUGUUUUCAUCCUGGGAAAGAAAAAUGGGAGAAUUGGGACUCACCAAAUGAUGUGGGGAGAGGACCAAGAGGAAAAGGCACUCUGCUGCUGCCACCACCUCAGCACCACCCACAGGGGCUGUCACCCUCCAACAUGUGGCUCUUAGCAGAGCCCAGGGCACCAGAACUGUGAUGUCCAUGUGCUUCUCCUCCUGCACGGGCCAGGGUGACACCACAGCCCAUGGCAGGAGGGGAAAAACUCACAUGGCAGAAGGGAACUGUGCCAGGAGGUGAUCACAGGAUCACAGAAUCAUUCAGGUUGGAGAAGCCCUCCAAGAUCAUCAAGUUCAACUCUUCUUCCACCACUACCAAGGCCACCACUAGCCUGUGUCUCCAAGUGCCACAUCUACAGGGUGAUGGUUAAACCCCUCCAGUGAUGGUGACUCCACCACUGCCCUGGGCAGCUGUGCCAGCCAGGGCUGACAGCUCUUUCAAGGAAGAAAUGUUCCCUAAUAUCCAGCCUAAUCCUCCCCUGGAAUGACUUGAGGUCAUUUCCUCUGCCACAUCAUGGGACCUCAUUCCAUCCCCCUCUGAGAGCUGUGUCCAAAAGACAACUGGAGAUGGGAAGAGAAACUUAUGCCACUUCAGAGACACAGUUUUCAAAAAGUUCUAGAUCCAUUGUAAAAAUUCUCCUGCAGUCCCUCAAACUGGCAUUGCUCCCAGAGAAAGCUUUCUACUGUUAAUGUCAUACUGUAUUAUUUAGAGACCUCUGACUGCAGCUAAGGCUGCCCUGGACAUGGAUGUGAUGCUGGGAAUAUGGAUAUGGCCAGCAGAUGGAGCAGGGCUGGUCUGAAGCUGACCCCCAUAUCCAUGUGCCAAUACCAAAUUCCCAGGGUGAUGGGGAGCUGAUGAAGUCAUUAAGCCCAAGAAGAACCCCAUUAAGGGAGUAAUUUGUGGGAACUUGAGUUGUUUCUCACAGUGCUGAAGUAAUUAGGAUGGAAUAACAGGCUGCACCAAGGGCUCUCCUUCCCCUGCCCGUCAGGAGAGCAAUGAACAGCACUGCCCAGAUUUCCAUAGCAGAGACAAAAAGGAUGGGAUAGGAUAGAAGAUCUCAAAAAUAUCACCUCCCUUUCACAAUUCCUCAAGCAGGAAGGUUGUGCAGGCACCUAGAAAGGACCCAUAGCACACAGGAGGCAGAGAUUUGAGGAUUUCAGCUCUCAUCUAGAUGGAACAGUUUCCCUCCAAAGGGAUAGCUGAACUUGAACUCCCAAUGCAUCCUGCAAGAGCCACCAUCCAGGGACCUGCUGAUCAAUAACUGAGUGAUAAUUGAUGGGACUCAUGAGCCAGCACUUCCCUUCCUCUCAACUUCCCACUGUCAUUGCCAGGUCUUCAUCCAGCCCAAGGAAUAGUAGGAGGAAGUAGUAAUAGCAUUGAGAGAAGGAAUUGAUAAGCUGGAGGAAGCAGGCACAGAUGCACCUGGGGCUCCCGGGCUGGAUGCAGAGCUUGGCUUCUGUCUGGUUUCUCCAGCUGUAUCAAUUUAGGCUAAUAAAAGCCAUUACCUUUCUCCAGAACUGUGGAAAUUGCAGCCCUCCCCGUUAGAAAGACAGAGCUUGCAAGGCAGUCAAAACCAAUUUCUCUUUCAAAGGAAUCAAAUAGGGUGGCAUUGCCCAUUGGGAUCUCAAAUCAGUGUAUCAGUGUGCCACAGGAAAAAGUCUCUUGCUCUGUGCUGCAUCCACCUGCACAUCUCCAGCUCUUCAGAAUCCCUUUGCAGACAUGAAUGGAGUCCUGGACUACUGGAGUGGGCACACUUGGGCUCCUCAGGCCCUGCUACCACAAGCCCAUCUGCUCCUGGAGGCCAUUUUUUUUUUAAAUCUGCCAAAUUUCUAGCUUGCUGGAAAAUGUGACUGCCAUGGCCUUAUAGCAGCUGAAAUGCUUCAAAUCAUUACUUUUUAAAAUGCCACCAUGCUUGGGCAGAGCUCAGAGCCCAGGACAAGCAAAAGGAGUGGCUUUCCUGAGCUUCAGGUUUGCUGACUUAAAGAAAAAUAGAAUAUUCCUGGGAAAAAUGGGUGGCAAGCAGCACACCGGAGCAUAUGGGGUGAUGUGGACCUUGAUCAUCCCAUUCUGGCAGCAUCCCAGCAGGGAUCUGGGGGCUGAUUCACCUUCUUCCCACUUAAAAUCCUGCUCCUCCAGCCCCUCAUCUGGGCUGGAAAACUGGGGACAAAUCCUAGUCCAGGGAAACAGCACGGAGAGAUCCUGCCUGCCCAGACUGAGCCAUGCUGUAGCCAGGAUGCUCGGAGGGAGCUCCCUGUGUACUUUUAUAAAUAUAUAUGUACGUCUGUCUAUAGCUGUAUGAAAAUUAAAGUGACCCCAAGGCCUCCCAUCACAGCUCCCACUCCAGCAGCUGCUCCAUGUGUGAUGGAGCUGAAUAUGCCAGAUCCACAGCAUCUCACACGGCACUUCAGCCAUUAUUUCCAGCUCCAGCCCUCGGGAUUUUUUCCCUACAGUGGCAUUUCUGUACAGGAACCCUGCUUUCUAAAAAUUAAAAUAAUAAAGUAAAAUAAAAUUGUA